GUCAGAGCACCGAAGCGAAAGCGGUAAAGUAGCCAACUGCAGUUAGUUAUCCUUUUGCGCCUCCCGAAAUAUUCGAUGAAUCUGUCAAGCCUUUUUCUUUUGGCCCUCGUGGCAUCAGUCGCUAUCGGCGCUGGAUCUGCCCACAGAAUAAACAGGCCCGAACAGGAGCCCCCAAAGGAGUCGUGCCAGGUUACCACCACAAGCCCGCCGUGUGAGACGACCACUCCACCAUGUGCUAGGGAAACCACGACAACAACGUGUUCCCCUACUACCACAACAACCACAACGUGUUCCCCAACUACCACGACUACAACAACAACUACCACAACAACAACAACCACCACAACUACGACAACAACAACUACCACCACAACUACGACAACAACGACAUGUUCCCCGACAACAACCACCACCACAACAACAACAACGACGACGACGACAACAACUACUACUACGACAACCACGACGACGACAACAACAACCACCACCACGACGACAACGUGUACUCCAACGACGACCACCACCACAACAACUACUACUACGACAACCACGACAACAACAACCACCACGACGACAACAACAACCACGACGACAACAACAACAACCACAACAACGACGACGACAACAACAACAGCAUCCUGCGAAACAACAACGACUGAGUCUCCAGAACAACCCCCCUGUGAGCCCAACGAGCCGUCAACUCCUACUCCAGCCCCACCCUCUCCCUCUGAACCCAACGACCCGUUAACGCCCACUCCAUCACCACCCUCUCCCUGUGAGCCCAACGAGCCGUCAACUCCCACUCCAUCCCCACCCUCCCCCUCUGAGCCCAACGAGCCAUCAACUCCUUCUCCAGCCCCACCUUCACCAUGUGAGCCUAACGAAACGACAACUCCGCCACCUUCACCUUGUGAGACGACCACCACUACGACAACAACCACAACAACGACGACCACCACGACAACAACUACAACCACUACAACCACCACGACAACAACUACGACAACUACCACCACGACGACAACGUGUACUCCAACGACGACAACUACCACUACGACCACCACGACAACAACGACGACGACAACAACUACUACUACGACAACCACGACGACGACAACAACCUCCACAACAACAACAACAUCCUGCGAAACAACAACGACUGAGGCUCCAGAACAACCCCCCUGUGAGCCCAACGAGCCGUCAACACCCACUCCAUCCCCAUCUUCCCCCUCUGAGCCCAACGAGCCGUCAACACCCACUCCAUCACCACCCUCUCCCUCUGAGCCCAACGAGCCAUCAACUCCUUCUCCAGCCCCACCUUCACCAUGUGAGCCUAAUGAUACGACAACUCCGCCACCUUCACCUUGUGAGACAACCACCACUAUAACAACGACGACCACCACAACAACAACGACGACCACCACAACAACAACGACGACCACCACAACAACAACGACGACCACCGCUACAACAACAAUAACAUCCUGUGAAACAACAACGACUGAGGCUCCAGAACAACCCCCAUGUGAGCCAAACGAGCCGUCUACACCCACUCCAUCCCCUCCUUCUCCCUCUGAGCCCAACGAGCCGUCAACACCCACUCCAUCCCCACCCUCUCCCUGUGAGCCCAACGAGACGACAACUCCGCCUCCUUCACCUUGUGAGACGACAACAUCCACGACCACCACAACAACAACCACGACCACCACAACAACAACCACAACCACCACAACAACAACCACGACCACCACAACAACAACCACGACCACCACAACAACAACCACUACCACCACAACAACAACCACGACUACCACAACAACAACAUGUAUACCAACAACAACAACCACUAUUCCACAACAGCCACCGUGCGAACCAAAAACCACACCAACACCCCCUCCCUGCGCUCGCAGGACCACCACCACCCCACCUCCGUGCGAAGAGACAACGACACCUGCCUGCGACACCAAGAGUGAUCAGAGUGGUCUAGCUCAAUCGAUUCCCAAGCCAAUUAAGGAUCUCUUCGCUGAUUCGAUCACCAACACCAAAGCUACCAUCCCGAUCGGAUCCAGUGCCAUGUGCGCUGGUCGCGCGGAUGGAAGUAUAGUCCAGGACCCGAAUCAUUGCAGGAGGUACUAUGAAUGCCGCGCUGGACGUCGGCUGUUGCGCAAGUGCCGCGCCGGUCUGUGGUACGAUUCAGAGGCAGGAGAAUGCCUUCCACGUAGCCAGGUGUUGAACUGCCCGGCUCAACGUAACUGAGACACUUUAGCCGACUCGACGCAACUGGAAUGGUUUCAGAGAUUGUAUUGCAACUUUUAUCCGUAGCCAACAGUAAACGCCUACUCAAUAAACAGCAUAUAAAUUUCACAGCAAAUGAUAUUUCGUCUUUG